AUGCUGAGAAGUGCUCGAUUUUGCCAGGCACGAUUCUCGGCCAUCAAGGCUCGUGGUCUUGCCACCACCGCCAACGCCUCCGGCCUCAGCGUGCCCGCUGACUUCAAGACCCGAACCCCUCCCUACGCGGAGCUCAUCAACCGUCUUGAUCAGGUCAAGAAGAUUAUCAACCGAAAUGAUUUGACCUUGGCUGAAAAAAUUCUGUAUUCACAUCUUCACAACCCUGAGGAGACUCCCAGCAUCACUCGAGGUGACACUUACCUCAAGCUCAACCCCGACCGAGUGGCCAUGCAGGAUGCCUCUGCUCAGAUGGCUCUGUUGCAGUUUAUGACCUGUGGUCUUCCUUCCACCGCCGUGCCUGCGUCCAUUCACUGUGACCAUCUGAUUGUUGGCCGAGACGGUGCCGAUGAUGAUCUGACCCGAUCUAUCGCUACCAACCAGGAGGUGUUCGACUUCCUGCAGCAAUGUGCCGAGAAGUACGGCAUCCAGUUCUGGGGCCCCGGAUCCGGUAUCAUCCACCAGAUUGUGCUGGAGAACUUCUCUGUUCCCGGUCUCAUGAUGCUCGGAACCGACUCUCACACUCCCAACGCUGGUGGUCUCGGUGCCAUUGCCAUCGGUGUUGGAGGAGCCGACGCUGUCGACGCUUUGACCGGAACUCCCUGGGAACUGAAGGCCCCCAAGAUUCUCGGAGUCAAGCUGACUGGAAAGCUGUCCGGCUGGGCUUCUCCCAAGGAUGUUAUUACCCAUCUGGCUGGCAAGCUGACUGUGCGAGGAGGAACCGGAAACAUCAUCGAGUACCACGGCGAGGGUGUUGACUCCCUGUCCUGCACCGGUAUGGCCACAAUUUGCAACAUGGGUGCCGAGGUCGGUGCUACCACCUCUACGUUCCCCUUUACGGAGUCCAUGCGACGAUACUUGGAGGCCACCGGACGAGCUCCCAUUGCCGCAGCAGCAGCUGCUGCUCGAGACCGAGGCUUCUUGGCUGCUGACGAGGGUGCUCAGUAUGACGAGGUUGUAGAGGUCAACCUGUCCGAGCUCGAGCCCUGUAUCAACGGUCCCUUCACUCCCGAUCUGGCCACCCCCCUCUCCAAGUACUCCACCAAGGUCACCUCUGAGAAGUGGCCCGAUACCGUGUCUGCCGGUCUCAUUGGAUCAUGCACCAACUCCUCCUACGAGGACAUGACCCGAGUCGCCUCUCUGGUUGAGCAGGCCCGAGACAACGGUCUCGAGGCCAAGAUUCCCUUCUUCAUCACCCCCGGAUCCGAGCAGAUUCGAGCCACCAUCAAGAAGGACGGUCUGACAGACGUGUUCGAGUCUGCUGGUGCGGUGGUUCUGGCCAACGCCUGUGGACCCUGUAUCGGUCAGUGGGAUCGAACUGACGAGACCAAGCCCGGCGAGUUCAACUCCAUCUUCACCUCUUUCAACCGAAACUUCCGAGCCCGAAACGAUGGUAACCCCGAAACCAUGAACUUCCUGACCUCUCCCGAGAUUGUCACCGCUAUGAUCUACUCUGGAGACGCUCACUUCAACCCCAUGACCGACUCCAUCACCACCAAGGACGGCAAGGAAUUCAAGUUCCAGCCCCCUAAGGGUACCGAGCUGCCCGAGGAGUUUGCCAAGGGCCGACCCGAGUUCUACCCCGAGGCUGCCCCCCAGCCCCAUCCCGAGGUGAACGUGACUGUCUCCCCCGAUUCCGAGCGACUGCAGCUCCUUGAGCCUUUUGAGCCCUUUAACAACCAGGAGCUCAAGCUCUCGGUACUCAUGAAGGUUGAGGGCAAGUGCACCACCGACCACAUUUCGGCCGCUGGUGCCUGGCUCAAGUACAAGGGCCAUCUUGAGAACAUUUCCUACAACACCCUGAUUGGUGCUCUUAACAAGGAGACCCAGAAGGUCAACCACACUAUUGAUGCCGCUGACGGCUCCGAGCAGUCUAUCCCCGACCUCAUGAUCAAGUGGAAGGAGCAGGGCAAGCCCUGGAUUGUUGUUGCUGAGCACAACUACGGAGAGGGUUCCGCCCGAGAGCAUGCUGCUCUGUCUCCCCGAUUCCUCGGUGGACAGGCCAUCCUAGUCAAGUCUUUCGCUCGAAUUCACGAGACCAACCUCAAGAAGCAGGGUAUGCUUCCUCUGACCUUUGAGAACGAGGCCGACUACGACAAGAUCCAGGCCUGCGACACUCUGGAGACCCUGGACCUCCUGGACAUGCUUGAGAAGGGUGGUGACAACGGUGGCUUUGUCCAGAUGCGAGCUACCAAGUCUGACGGCUCUACCUACGACUUCCGAGCCCGACACACCAUGUCUGCCGACCAGGUUGAUUUCUUCAAGGCUGGUUCUGCCAUCAACUUCAUUGGAGCCCAGAAGGCUGCCAACAAGUAA